GUCGUCUUCCCAUUCCCCAUUCCUCGCCGCUCUCCCGCGCCGCCGCCGCCAAGGAUGGGGAGGGUGCAGCAAGCCAUGCGCGCCGCCAAGGUCCCCCGCCACGCUCUCGUCCCGAAGCCCUCCGCGGCGUCCACCCCGACGCCCCCUCCCCCGCCACCACGUGGGCCUCGUCCCGCCGACGGUAAACCUCCCCACGGCAAGCCGCCACGGAGAACCCCCAGGGCCGCCUCCGAGCACGCGGGGGCCCUGGCCCUGCCGGACCGGCCGGCGCCUCCGGCCGAGAAGAGGCCCAUCACCACGCCCGCGGAGCUCUCGGCCGCCAUCCGCGCCGCGGUGGACGCCGACGUGGACGCGGCCGCCUCGCUCGCGCUCAAGGCCGCGCCCACCAUCCCGCUCCCGGCGCAGUCGCUCGCGCUCCUCCUCCGCCGCCUCGCCGCGCACCGCUCCGUGGCCGCGGCGCGGGACCUCCUCGCGGCGCUCCCGUACUCCGCCGACAACCCCGCGCCGCGCCCGGCGCUCCUGGCCCUCGCCGACGCGUGCUGCCGCCGCGGCGACCCGCGCGAGAUCGGGCAGCUCCUGCCCGUCCUCGCCGACCACGGCGUCCGCGCCGACGCCCACGUCUACAACGCCCUCAUGAAGGGCCACUGCGCCGACUCCGACACCGUGGGGCUCCUCGGCGUGCUCCGCCGGAUGAAGGACGACGGUGUGGACCCCGACAUCGUCACCUACAACACCCUCGUCUACGGCCUCGCGCGCGCCGGGCUCGUCGCCAAGGCCAGGACCUACCUCGACGCCAUGGCUGCCGAGGGCCUCUUCCCGGACGUCAUCACCUACACGUCGCUCAUGAACGGGAUGUGCGUCAAGGGCGACGCCCUGGGCGCGCUCAAGCUGCUCGAGGAAAUGGAGGCCAAUGGGUGCGAGCCCAAUGACAGGACGUACAACACGCUGCUCAUGGGGCUCUGCAGGAACAGGAAGCUGGACAAGGCCGUCGAGGUGUACAAGUCCAUGGUAGGGGCUGGGAUGAAGCUCGAGCCGCCGGCGUACGCGACGUUCAUCAGGGCAUUGUGUCGGGCGGGGAGGGUUCCGGAUGCAUAUGAGGUGUUUGAUUACGGGAUCGAGAGCAAGAGCAUUCCGCAGGCAACCGCGUACAGUGAGCUCGAGAGCUCACUCAAGUGGCUGCGCAAGAUGAAGGAGUAGGAUGAAGGUGCGAGGAAGACUAAUAAGCCAUUGGCUUCUGUUGCUGCUGGUGCUUGCUUCACACCUGAUUCAGUGAGUUGCAUUGCCUGGCUUGUUUUGAUACGGUAGAUUAAGCAAAAACAUUUGAAACUACUACUGUGUUUGUAUGGAGUGAUACUAUCUGUUCAAUCAAUCAGAAUGUAAGAUGAAAUUUUCGAAAACGUGAAUAUGUCAAGAUAUCUUACUCAUGUGUCAAAAUUUAGUAGCAUGAUGUAGUGCCAUUCACAACAUACACUUGUUAUCUGUUUUGUUCAACUGGCUGAAUUAGCUUGUA